AUGGACCACAAAGGUGACAACGAAGUGCAUGAUCGGCCGCUUUCCGAGCGCGACAAGCGUAUCCUCACUACCUACGGAAGAUUGCCUUGUGGGGGCAGUCUCGGACAGCAGCCUAAGAAACGGACCUAUUUCGAUUCAGGAGAUUAUGCCCUCUCCGCAGCUCACCGAGUGACCGACAACGGCGAUAUCCAAACCGGCACGGCUCACCCUGUCCGUGAGAGCAUUUCGCACCCCUUCGCACCGGUACCAAGCACUGGCAAUGCUGCUAGGGAGGCUAAUGAUGGUAUUUUUGAGGACAAGAGUGCCAUUACACAAGUUCCAAGGAGUCCUCUUUCCAGGAACCCGAGCUUCAGUGAUCAGGAUCUAUAGGCCCCGAGGGCAGAAAAGCCUGAAUUUGUAGGAUAUCUCACGAUGGUUAAGGACUGGGUUGAUGAGCUUCAUUGCAUACUAUACGG